GGGUGGGUGGCCGAUGGAUGGCCGGGUGAGCGGACUGGGCGCCUGUAGCCGGGCAGCGCGCGCAGCCUGCGGCCCCGGGAGUUUGGAGGAAGAACUGCUGGCCCGCAGAGGAUUGCAGAUGAGGGUCGCCUGGAUGGGGGGACACGGGGUCUGCACUAUGGAAACAACCUGUCAAUCCAACUCAAGGCACAAGGACAUAGCCCAGACACCCAUGAGACCCUCUCUUUGGGGACCCUAGAGCACCUAUCAUGAACGAGGACACCAAGGCCGGCUCCUCAUGGACCCUGUUGACUUCCAACUCGGUAACAAGAACCUGUGGAGCUGUCUUGUGAGGCUGCUCAGCAAAGACCCAGAAUGGCUGAACGCCAAGAUGAAGUUCUUCCUCCCCAACACAGACCUGGAUUCCAGGAACGAGACCUUGGACCCUGAACAGAGAGUCAUCCUACAACUCAACAAGCUGCAUGUCCAGGGUUCGGCCACCUGGCAGUCUUUCAUUCAUUGUGUGUGCAUGCAGCUGGAGGUGCCUCUGGAACUGGAGGUGCUGCUGCUGAGUACUUUUGGCUGUGAUGAUGGGUUCACCAGCCAGCUGGGAGGUGAGGGGAAAAGCCUACCUGAAUCUCAGCUCCACCAAGGCCUGAAGCGCCCACAUCAGAGCUGUGGGUCCUCACCCCGCCGGAAGCAGUGCAGGAAGCAGCAGUUAGAGUUGGCCAAGAAGUACCUGCAGCUCCUGCGGACCUCUGCCCAGCAGCGCUAUGGAAGCCGAAUCCCUGGGUCAGGGCAGCCCCACGCCUUCCACCAGGUCUAUGUACCUCCAAUCCUGCGCCGGGCCACAGCGUCCUUAGACACUCAGGAGGGGGCCAUUAUGGGGGACCUCAAAGUGGAAGAUGGCACUGACGUGAGCAUCUCAGACCUCUUCAACACCAGGGUUAACAAGGGCCCAAGGGUAACUGUGCUUUUGGGGAAGUCUGGCAUGGGCAAGACCACGCUGGCCCACCGGCUCUGCCAGAAGUGGGCAGAGGGCCAUCUGGACUAUUUCCAGGCCCUGUUCCUUUUUGAAUUCCGCCAGCUCAACCUGAUCACAAGGUUCCUGACGCCGUCCCAGCUCCUUUUUGAUCUGUACCUAAGCCCUGAGUUGGACCCUGAUGCUGUCUUCCAGUACCUGGAGAAGAACGCUGACCAAGUCCUGCUGAUCUUUGAUGGGCUAGAUGAGGCUCUCCAGCCUACGGGUCCUGAUGGCCCAGGCUCAGUCCUUACCCUUUUCUCCCGUCUCUGCCAUGGGACCCUCCUGCCCGGCUGCCGAGUGAUGGCCACCUCCCGUCCAGGGAAGCUGCCCGCCUGCCUGCCUGCAGAGGCAGCCAUGGUCUACAUGCUGGGCUUUGAUGGGCCACGGGUGGAAGAAUAUGUGAAUCACUUCUUCAGCACCCAGCCAUCACGGGAGGGGGCCCUGGCGGAGUUACAGACAAAUGGGCGUCUCCGAAGCCUGUGUGCUGUGCCUGCGCUGUGCCAAGUUGCCUGUCUCUGCCUCCACCAUCUGCUUCCUGACCAUGCCCCAGGCCGGUCUGUGGCCCUCCUGCCCACCAUGACUCAGCUGUAUAUGCAGAUGGUGCUCGCCCUCAGCCCCCGUGGGCACUUGCCCACCACAUCCCUGCUGGACCUGGGGGAGUUGGCCCUGAGGGGCCUGGAGACAGGGAAGGUUAUCUUCUAUGCAAAAGAUAUUGCUCCACCCUUGAUAGCCUUUGGGGCCACUCACAGCCUGCUGACCUCCUUCUGCGUCCGCACAGGCCCUGGGCACCAGCAGACAGGCUAUGCUUUCACCCACGUCAGCCUGCAGGAGUUUCUUGCUGCCCUGCACCUGAUGGCCAGCCCCAAGGUGGACAAAGACACACUUACCCAGCAUGUUACCCUCCAUUCCCGCUGGGUACAGAGGACCAAAGCUAGGCUGAACCUCUCAGACCACCUCCCCACCUUCCUGGCAGGCCUGGCAUCCUGCACCUGCCGCCCCUUUCUUAGUCACCUGGCGCAGGGCAAUGAGGACUGCAUCAACACCAAGCAGGCUGCCGUAGUGCAGGUGUUGAAGAAGUUGGCCACCCGCAAGCUCACAGGGCCAAAGGUUUUAGAGCUGUGUCACUGUGUGAAUGAGACACAGGAGCCUGAGCUGGCCAGUCUCACUGCACAAAGCCUUCCCUAUCAACUACCCUUCCACAAUUUCCCACUGACCUGCACCGACCUGGCCACCCUGACCAACAUCCUAGAGCACAGGGAGGCCCCCAUCCACCUGGAUUUUGAUGGCUGUCCCCUGGAGCCCCACUGCCCUGAGGCUCUGGUAGGCUGUGGGCAGAUAGAGAAUCUCAGUUUUAAGAGCAGGAAGUGUGGGGAUGCCUUUGCAGAAGCCCUCUCCAGGAGCUUGCCGACAAUGGGGAGGCUGCAGAUGCUGGGGUUAGCAGGAAGUAAGAUCACUGCCCGAGGCAUCAGCCACCUGGUGAAAGCUUUGCCUCUCUGUCCACAGCUGGAAGAAGUCAGUUUUCGGGACAACCAGCUCAGUGACCAGGUGGUGCUGAACAUCGUGGAGGUUCUCCCUCACCUACCACGGCUCCGGAAGCUUGACCUGAGCGGCAACAGCAUCUGCGUGUCAACCCUACUCUGCUUGGCAAGGGUGGCAGUCACGUGUCCUACCAUCAGGAUGCUUCAGGCCAGGAAGGCGGAUCUCAUCUUCCUUCUUUCCCCACCCACAGAGACAACUGCAGAGCUACAAAGAGCUCCAGACCUGCAGAAAAGCGAUGGCCAGAGGAAAGGGGCUCAGAGCAGAAGCCUGACACUCAGGCUGCAGAAAUGUCAGCUCCAGGUCCACGAUGCAGAGACCCUCAUAGCCCUGCUCCAGGAAGGCCGUCACCUGGAGGAAGUGGACCUCUCAGGGAACCAGCUGGAAGACGAAGGCUGUCGGCUGAUGGCAGAGGCUGCAUCCCAGCUGCACAUCGCCAGGAAGCUGGACCUCAGCGACAACGGGCUUUCUCUGGCCGGGGUACAUUGUGUGCUGAGGGCUGUGAGUGCAUGCUGGACCCUGGCAGAACUGCGUAUCAGCCUGCAGCACAAAACUGUGGUCUUCAUGUUUGCCCAGGAGCCACAGGAACAGGAGGGGCCCCAAGAGAGGGCUGCAUUUCUUGACAGCCUCACGCUCCAGAUGCACUCUGAGCUGCCUCUGAGCUCCCGAAGGAUGAGGCUGACACAUUGUGGCCUCCAAGCAAAGCACCUAGAGCAGCUCUGCAAGGCUCUGGGAGGAAGCUGCCACCUCGGUCACCUCCACCUCGACUUCUCAGGCAAUGCUCUGGGGGAUGAAGGUGCAACCCGGCUGGCUCAGUUGCUCCCAGGACUGGGAGCUCUGCAGUCCUUGAACCUCAGUGAGAACGGUUUGUCCCUGGAUGCUGUGUUGGGUUUAGCUCGGUGCUUCUCCACUCUGCAGUGGCUCUUCCACUUAGACAUCAGCUUUGAGAGCCAACAUAUCCUCCUGAGAGGGGACAAGACAGGCAGGGAUAUAUGGGCCACUGGAUCUUCGCCAGACUUCCCAGCUGGAGCCGAGUUCUUGGGGUUCCGUCGGCGCUGCAUCCCCAGGAGCCUCCGCCUCAGUGAGUGUCCUCUGGAGCCCCCAAGCCUCUCCCACCUCUGUGCCACUCUGAAGGAGUGCCCAGGACCCCUGGAACUCCAAUUGUCCUGCGAGUUCCUGAGUGACCAGAGCCUGAAGACUCUGCUGGACUGCCUCCCUCGACUCCCUCAGCUGAGCCUGCUGCAGCUGAGCCAGACGGGACUGUCCCCGAAAAGCCCCUUCCUGCUGGCCAACACCUUAAGCCUGUGCCCACGGGUUAAAAAGGUGGAUCUCAGGUCUCUGCACCAUGCAACCCUGCACUUCAGAUCCAAUGAGGAGCAGGAAGGCGUGUGCUGUGGCAGGUUCACGGGCUGCAGCCUCAGCCAGGAGCAUGUGGAGUCACUAUGCAGGUUGCUGAGCAAGUGUAAAGACCUCAGCCAGGUGGACCUCUCAGCAAACCUGCUGGGUGACAGCGGGCUCAGAUGCCUUCUGGAAUGUCUGCCGCAGGUGCCCAUCUCUGGUUUGCUUGAUCUGAGUCACAACAGCAUUUCUCAGGAAAGUGCCCUGUACCUGGUGGAGACCCUGCCUUCCUGCCCACGUGUCCGGGAGGCUUCAGUGAACCUGGGCUCAGAACAGAGCUUCCGGAUUCACUUCUCCAAAGAGGACCAGGCCAGGAAGACACUCAGGCUGAGUGAGUGCAGCUUCCGGCCAGAGCAUGUGUCCAGGCUGGCCACCGGCCUGAGCCAGUCCCUGCAGCUGACAGAGCUCACGCUGACCCAGUGCUGCCUGGACCAGGAGCAGCUGGCCAUCCUCCUGAGCUUGGUGGGACGACCCGCAGGGCUGUUCAUCCUCAGGGUGCAGGAGCAGUGGACGGACAGAGCUGGCAUCCUCUCCCUAUUAGAAGUCUGCGCCCAGGCCUCAGGUAGUGUCACUGAAAUCAGCAUCUCUAAGACCCAGCAGCAGCUCUGUGUCCAGCUGGAAUUUCCUCGCCGGGAAGAGAAUCCAGAAGCUGUGGCACUCAGGUUGGCUCACUGUGACCUUGGGACCCACCACAGCCUUCUUGUGGGGCAGCUGAUGGAGACGUGUGCCAGGCUGCAGCAGCUCAGCUUGUCUCAGGUUAACCUCUGUGAGGACAAUGAUGCCAGUUCCCUGCUGCUGCAGAACCUCCUGCUGUCCCUCUCUGAGCUGAAGACAUUUCGGCUGACCUCCAGCUGUGUGAACACCAGGGGCCUCGCCCACCUGGCAUCUGGUCUGGGCCACUGCCACCACUUGGAGGAGCUGGACUUGUCUAACAAUCAAUUUGAUGAAGAGGGCACCAAGGCGCUGAUGAGGGCCCUUGAGGGGAAAUGGAUGCUAAAGAGGCUGGACCUCGGUCACCUUCUGCUGAACAGCUCUGCCUUCACCUUGCUUACUCACGGACUAAGCCACAUGACCCGCCUGCAGAGCCUCAGACUGAACAGGAACAGUAUCGGUGAUGUUGGUUGCUGCCACCUUUCUGAGGCUCUCAGGGCUGCCACCAGCCUGGAGGAGCUGGACUUGAGCCACAACCAGAUUGGAGACGCCGGUGUCCAGCACUUAGCUACCAUCCUGCCCGGGCUGCCAGAGCUCAGGAAGAUAGACCUCUCAGUGAAUAGCAUCAGCCCAGCCGGGGGAAUGCAGUUGGCGGAGUCUCUUGUUCUUUGCAGGCACCUGCAGGAGCUGAUGCUUGGCUGCAAUGCCCUGGGGGAUCCCACAGCCCUGGGGCUGGCUCGGGAGCUGCCUCAGCACCUGAGAGUCCUGCACCUGCCAUUCAGCCAUCUGGGCCCAGGUGGGGCCCUGAGCCUGACCCAGGCCCUGGAUGGAUCCCCCCAUUUGGAAGAGAUCAGCUUGGCGGAAAACAACCUGGCUGGUGGGGUCCUGCGUUUCUGCAAGGAGCUCCCGCUGCUCAGACAGAUAGACCUGGUUUCCUGUAAGAUUGACAACCAGACCAUCAAGCUCCUCACCUCCAGCUUCACGCGCUGCCCUGCCCUGGAAGUAAUCUUGCUGUCCUGGAAUCUCCUCGGGGAUGAGGCGGCUGCCGAGCUGGCCCAGGUUCUGCCACAGAUGUGCCGGUUGAAGAGAGUGGAGUAUGAGGGGCCAGGGGAGGAACGGGGUGGGCUGAAGGGGGACCUACCUCCAGGGAACACCAAGAGGCCACCAGCCUGGAGAAGAAUCAGAUCACAGCUACUGGGGCCUGGCUCCUGGCUGAAGGACUGGCCCAGGGGUCUAGCAUCCAAGUCAUCCGCCUCUGGAAUAACCCCAUUCCCUGCGACAUGGCCCAGCGUCUGAAGAGCCAGGAGCCCAGGCUGGACUUUGCCUUCUUUGACAACCAGCCCCAGGCCCCUUGGGGUACUUGAUGGCCCCCUCAAGACCUUUGGAAUCCAGCCAAGUGACGUACCCAAGUGAUCCACCCUUCACCUACUGGGAUAAAUGACUCAGGAAAAAAGAGCCUCAGCAGGGUGCUCUGCACUCCACCCAGGAGGAAAGAUAUGUGUGUCCUGCUGCAGUUGUCAGGGAGAACUUUUCUGGGAAUGAGAAGCCGGAUCUGGCCAAAGGAGUAUCCUGCUUUACAUGUAAUAUGUGUGAUCAGUCGGGGACAUGCGGCACACAAUGAGGGUGUCACGAUAAUGCAUGACACAUAAGGUUAUAUGAGGCAGCAUGACCCCUUGACAUGUGGCAUUACAUGAAACUCAGUGUGAUGCAUGUUCAGUGGCAUGCGUCGUGGCAUCCCAAGUGGCAGGAUACAUGAUUGUUGAUCCAUAUAUGACACAUGACAAAUGUCCAUGUCACAGGACUCACGGCUGGCCAGAUGACCUCAGGCUGGCCCAAGAUCUAAUUUAUUAAUUUUUAAAGCAAAUACAUAUUUAUAGACUGCAUGUAUGGAGCAGCUAGGUCAGGAAAAGUCUUCUGCCCGAGCUGGGAGGGGAGAGUGUCCAUGCACUGACCAGUCCAGGAGGCCAAGGGCCAGGACUCUGGGAUAAGCCGGGGACUCAGCCAUGAAGUCCCCUCCUGCGUCAUUCCUCAGCCUACCCAUCUGUAAACUUGAUGACCUCUCCCUUACUUACAUACUAGCUUCCAAGGACGGGUGGAGGUAGGGCCAGCCUGGCCUUGGGAGUGGAGAAGCCCAGUCUGUCCCAUGUAAGGGAAAAAGCCAGGUCUAACACUACUGGGUGGGGGGCACUGCCAAGACAAUAGGCCAGGCUACUGGGUCCAGCUAUUAUUACCUUAGUGGGAUUCAGGUGAGCCUCCAGGCACUCCACAUGUUAGUUACUUCCAAGGAGAACCAAGAAUGGUUCUGUCACACUCGAAGCCAAGUUUGAUCAAUAAACAUGAUGGUCUUCCACCUC